AUGACCCACCCGUUCGACCAGAUCACUACCCAGGAGUUGCAGGCCGCAACCAAGCUCGUUAAGGACGCCCACGCGGCUUCCGACGCCGUCCACUUUGUCCAAGUAGACAGAAUCGACCCACCAAAGUCCGAAAUGGUGAGAUACUUGGAGGCCGAGAAGGAAGGCCGUUCGUUGCCAAUCAUUCCGCGCCGUGCCUACGUCUACUACUACACCAAGCAGACUGAAUUCAACAAGGCCAUUGUGAACUUGACCUAUGGACAUGUCAUCACGAAGCAGAGGAUGCCUCAAGGCGUGGUGGGCCCAGUGCUCGGAGACGACAUGGUGGAGAUCGAAGAAUAUGCGUUGAGAGAUCCCAUUGUGCUUGCGGAAAUUGCCAAGUUGAAACUUCCAACAGGCUACGACGUAAGAUGUGAGCCGUGGAUCUACGGCACGGAUAACCCCAAGGAGGACCGUUUGUUGAUCCAGGUCUACAUGUACUUGAUUGGCUCCAAUAAGCAUGUGGAGUCGAACCACUACUCGCUUCCUUUAAAGUUUUCCCCUGUGUUUGAAAUGUUCACCAACAAGUUUGUGCGCAUGGACUACCUUCCAGCUGGCUUGGAUGAAAAGACCUGCGAGACCUUCCCAUGGGAAGAGUUGAAGCCAGUGGAGUACUUCCCGUCGAUCAAUGGCGAGGAUACCCUUCGCGAAUUGAAGCCGUUAAUCUAUCAGCAGCCAGAGGGCCCUUCGUUCUCGAUCAACGGCAACGCCGUGGAAUGGCAGGGCUGGAAGUUCAUGGUAGUUCCUAACGCCAGAGAGGGCUUUGCCAUCUACGACGUGUCCUUUAAGGGCCGGUCCGUGCUCUACCGCUUGGCACUCUCGGAAAUGACCGUGCCUUACGGUGACCCACGUGCUCCGUACCAUAGAAAGCAGGCUUUUGACUUGGGUGACUGCGGGUUUGGGGCCAACGCUGAUUCUCUUGCCCUUGGCUGCGACUGCUUGGGGGUAGUCAAGUACUUGGACGUUGUCCGUACCGACAAGCAUGGUAACCCCGUCACCAUUGCCCACUCCGUGUGCAUGCACGAGCAGGACUACGGUUUGCUCUACAAGCACGUGAACUACCGUACCGGGACCUCGGUGCAGGCCAGAAGACGCGAAUUUGUGGUGCAAACGGUGGCUACCGUGGCAAACUACGAAUACGUGGUGAACAUUGUGUUUGACCAGGCAGGCGCCAUCUCCGUCCAGGUGCGUGCUACCGGGAUUUUGUCCACGAUGCCGAUCGAAGUCGGCAAGACCGUUGACUGGGGUACCGUGGUGGCUCCUGGCGUGUUGGCCGCGCACCACCAGCACUUGUUGUCCUUCAGAAUCGAUCCAGCGAUAGAUGGCCACAAGAAUACCGUAGUCUAUGACGAUGUGGUGACCAUGGAGCUGAAUACGGCCUUGAAUCCAUUCAACGUUGGGUUUAUCUCCAAGAGAAGCUAUGUCGAGAAACCAGGCUUUGUCGAGCAAUCGCCAUUCACCAACCGCGCGUUCAAAGUGAUCAACGAGCUGGUGAUCAACCCGACCACCUUGAAGCCAGUGGGUUACAAGAUCGACAUGCCAGCGCGCCAGAUGAUUUUGGGUUCGCCAGACUCCUACAACGUUAAGCGUGCCAAGUUUGCCACCCAACAGUUGUGGGCCGUGAAGUACGCGGACGAUGAGUUGUACGCGGCCGGUGAGUUCACCAACCAGUCGCAGAAGGAUACCGGUGUCGCCGCCUUCCUCGAGAACCAGGACAGCAUCCGUAACGACGAUGUUGUGCUCUUUGCGACGAUGGCAUUGACCCACGUGCCUAGAGCUGAGGACUUCCCGGUUAUGCCAACCGAUAUGUUGCCGCAGAUCAACAUUCUUCCAUUCGGUUUCUUCGAAAAGAACCCGGCCUUGGACAUUCCGCAGUCGGUCAACUCGUUCAACAAGUCGGUAUAUUAUGACGAUUCCGUUCAAAUUGCCGUCAACGCCGCUUCGGGAAGCUGCUGCUCCAAGGAGAAGUUAUAA